AUGAAGAGAACUACACCUGUCUCUUUGAAGUCAAUAUUGAGUGGUAAUCCUACAAAGAAACCUAAAGUUGAAAAGAAAAGAAAAACUGAAGAUAAGACUAACUCCAAGAAUGACGAGUUGAAUAUUGUGGACUUAGAAAGCUCUACAUUGUCUAAUGGAGUAGACGAAGAUAAUAGUUUGAUAGGAGCCAGAUCAUCUUCCUCCCCGUCAUCUCCUCCACCCAUAUCAAGCAGUGUUUUACGAUUAAAUAGUUCUAGACAACACAUAAUCCCAACAGGUAAUAAUGUGAAAAGCCAAUCAAUGAAGAGUUUUUUGAUGAAAAGUAAACCAAUUAAUGAUCCCAAAAAAGCUCAACCAACUGUUAUUUCCCUAGAUGACACUUCUGAUGACGAUGAGACAAAAAAUAACAACGAUAUAGAAAUUACGAAGAUCAAUUUACAACCAAGCAAAUUAUCUACAGAUACUUCGAUUAAAAGGACGAACCUGAAAGACUUAUUUAGCGGAUUCGGGAAACCCACACCAGAACACCAACUUCCUGGGUAUCAUGGUCCAAUAAACAGAUUAAACGAUAUCUCUAAGCUAAAACAAAUUGAAGCGCCAUUUCCUACACGACAACUGAUAGAACCGUCUCAAAACGAAAUUGCACCAAACAAUAUGGCUUCUUUAAAGCUACAUCGUAGAUCGAAGUCUCUUGAUAAUAAAGACGAUAAUACUGAUAUCUUAGAUAGUUUUUUAUCUUCCGAGUACGAGUCCUUAAACAAAAAUAGGAGCCAGAUGGAAACUACAAAACAUAGUAAAAUGAUAUCUUAUACAAUUGGCCCUAAUAAAUAUUCCCAACAAUGGCCAGAACUAAUGAAACCAACAUCAGUAAAAAACGUUCUACUGGAAUCAAAAUUAAAGCAAAAUGUUUCUAAGUGGAUCGAUACUUCGAUUGAAAAAUUAAAGAGACCUACUACUAGGAACACAUUAUUAAGAACCUACAAAGAAGAAGUCGAUGAAUUCAAAAAUUUUAUAAUCCAUGAUGAUUAUGAGAGCGAUACUGAAAAUGGUGGUAUAGACACAGACAACGGUAGUUUAGAGGAAUUCGUUCCUCUUUCAAUCUUGCAUGGAGAGGGUCUCGGCAAGGAUACAUUAAUAUAUACUAUUGCAAAGGAAAAAGGUUAUCAAAUAUAUGAGAUCAACACAUCUCAGAAUAGAGGUAGAAAGGAUAUUUUAUCAACCUUGACAGAUUACUGUACAACGUAUUAUGUUAAGGAUAAAAAUGAAUCUGGUAUUGUUUUAAUAAGUGACGUGGAUAUUAUAUUCAAAGAACGUGACAAGCACUUUUGGAGCGCUGUAGAGAUGCUACUGUUGAAAUCGAGGAAGCCUAUCAUAUUAACUUGUAAAGAUUGCGAAUAUGUACCGACCAAUCUGCUUGAUAUAUGUACCUCUAGUGAUUCAUUGUUCAACGUAAAAAAAGUCUCCACAAGAUCAGUACUAGAAUAUUUGAUACGAUAUUGUGAUAUUUUAGAAUUAGAUCUAGAUAAAGAGGUUCUACGUAACAUCGUGAAAAAUAAUAAUAACGACAUUAGGAAAUGCUUAUUACAAUUACAGUUUUGGUUUAGUUCUGGCACUAAUAUUAAUAUGUCAUCGACCAAUCCGUCAACAACUUCGAAUAAUAUAACCAAUAUUAAACAAUUGAGUAAGUUACUCGAUGUUAAUUCUAUCGAUGACAUUAUUUUAUCUAGUACAUGGGAUAAAUCAAGCAUUCAGCAGGAAGACGAUAAUACGCUAAUGACGAAUGACAUUGUUUUGAAAUUUCAAGAAAUGAAAGAUGAUGAAGACUUCCGUUUGGCCAAUGAUUAUAUUAUUGACUACAGGAUACAUACCCAACAUUACAACCAUUUGCCAUUAUUAUCAUUUGAACUGAAUAUAGGAUCAGAACUCAAACAAAUGUUAGUACAACACUGUAACCAUUUCUUACCCAAUAAUUAUAAUUACCCUCAUAGAUAUAACAAGAUGAAAAAAGCAAUUAUAUCUUUCAUUGAAACACGUAUGGAACGUUCCAUGAAUUCUUCAUAUACAAAGAUAAGAAGCACCAGAAACUCACGUAAGAUUCGCGAUAUUGUUGAUAUGUUUAAAGGGGAGCAUACUAAUUCACAGACUAUCGAUGAAAGAGUAAGAUUUGAUAUGAAUUAUACUAGUAAGAGAAAUAUAUGUGAACAGAUCAAUCCCUUCGUAUAUGAAAUUGCAAAAUAUGAGUUGGCAUCUAGAGAAUACAAUUACAAAUUGUAUAAAGUGUCUAUUGAAAAUGCAUCACCAGAAGAGCAUGAUGAAAUUGUUAAAAAACUGUUAGAGGAUGGAUUGACGAAACAGUUAAAAUUCUCUGCCAAUAGCGACAAAGUGGUUAAUAGUUGGAAAUAA